CUCUGACGCAAACCAUCAAAUAUGUAAAUGGCUAAAAUGGCGUGGAGGAUCUGAAUCUCGCAAUGAAUCUCGUAUAUUAUUACUAUAAACAAAUUUGAAAUAAAGUCUUUGAGUUAAAAUGGAUGGGAAUUCGAAGGAUGAAGAAGUUUUCAUUAGCGAACCACCACAGAAAACUGUUCAAUUGAAAGAUGAAGAGAAGCUUCAAAUGCUUAAAAAAAAGAAAAAAGAAAGGAGACGCACUAAGUCAACCUCUUCUUACGUUGAAGAAGGCGACGAAAAUCGUGAAAGAGGGAAUUGGUCGGGAAAACUUGACUUUAUAUUGUCUUGUUUAUCGUUUGCUGUAGGAUUGGGAAACGUCUGGAGAUUUCCAUAUCAGUGCUAUAAGAAUGGAGGAGGUGCUUUCCUCUUUCCGUUCGUAUUUAUGCUUGGUCUCACGGGUAUUCCAAUGUUCUUCCUGGAAUCAUCUUUCGGGCAAUAUGCUCAAUGUGGUGUCAUUACUAUCUGGAAUUGUUGUCCUUUAUUUCGAGGAAUUGGUAUUGGUAUGAUGCUUGUCUCAUUUUUCGUGGCAAUCUACUACAAUGUGAUAAUAUCUUGGACCUUUUACUAUUUCUUUUCAUCCUUUACGUCAAAAUUACCUUGGGCCGAAUGCGGAAACGUCUGGAAUACGGAAAAUUGUCGAGUUCGAACUGCCAGUGAUCCAGGACACACAAAUUGUACCAGUUUCAAUGGAACAUGGUAUAAUUCCAUAUGUUAUACAAGGGAUUCCCCAGAGUACGAAAAUAUAACAGCACUGGCCAAAUAUAGCUUGAAUGACACAAGCCCAAGUGAUGAAUAUUUUCAUAGACAUGUCCUCCAUAUUUCCUCAUCGAUCGAUAAUUUGGGAGGAAUUCGUUGGCCCAUUGCAGGAUAUCUUUUGUUAUCAUGGGUUCUUGUUGGCAUCUGCCUUAUAAAAGGCAUAAAAUCCUCAGGUCGAGCAGUCUACUUCACAUCAACAUUUCCUUACGUUGUAUUAACGAUACUGUUGAUUAAGGCUUUAACAUUACCUGGAGCUAGCGACGGGUUACUUUAUUUUAUCACACCCAAAUGGGAAAAGCUACUUCAGCCAACGAUUUGGGCUGAUGCAGCUGUGCAAAUUUUCUUUUCAUUGGCUCCCGGCUGGGGAGGUUUGAUUUGUUUAUCUUCUUACAAUAAGUUCAAAAAUAAUUGUCUCAGAGAUGCUUUUAUUGUAUCAAUCGGGGAUAUCCUAACUUCAGUUUUUGCUGGUUUGGUAAUAUUCUCUAUCAUUGGUUACAUGGCAAAUGAUUUAAAUGUCGAUAUCGAUAAGGUGGCAAACGAAGGCCCUGGAUUAGCUUUUAUAGUGUAUCCAGAAGUCGUGACAAAACUACCUGUUGCUCCUUUGUGGUCGAUGAUGUUUUUCCUUAUGCUAAUAACUUUGGGAUUAGGCACACAAUUUGCAAUUCUAAAUACCGUCCACACAACUUUGAUGGAUCUGUUUCCCAAUAAAUUUCGAAGCGGACUUCGACCUACGCUUCUCUUGAUCAUUUUAUGCAUAGUUUUAUUUUUAUUGGGUCUACCAUGUUGUACUGAGGGCGGAAUGUAUGUCUUAACGCUAUUGGAUAACUAUUCAGCCAGUUAUUCAGUAUUAAUAAUUGCUUUAACGGAAUGUUUGGUGUUGGCUUGGGUAUAUGGCUAUGAUAGAUUCAAGAAAGAUAUCUAUCAAAUGUUGGAAAAGAAAAUUGGAGUAUAUUGGUUUGUAAUGUGGAAGUUUAUAACCCCGAUAGCUUUAGUCGUCAUAUCACUCUUUACCUUCAUUCAAUUUAAGCGUAGUAGAUACGAUAAUUAUGAAUUUCCCGUUUGGGCUGAAGUGAUCGGUUGGAUGAUCAGUUUUACCUCAGUUGCAUCAAUACCGGCGGCUGCUAUUUUCCUGUUAAGUACGAAGGAUAAAGACAAGACCUUCUUACAAAGAGUCAGGAAUCUAACAAAACCUACAGACGAUUGGGGAGAGGAUAUUCCUACAGUAUCACCUGUCAGAAAAAGACACAAAAGUUCUGAACAGAAAGAAACAAAGUUUUAA